UUCCUACAUAACGGUUUCUCUCCGGGAGAAGCAAACCAAUGGAAGAGAAAGGGGCACCCCAUGAAGGAGUCACAAUGAAGAGCUGCAGCAAUGCAGAUAACCCUCUAACGUUGGCUUCACAGGGUAUCACCAUUAACGAGAAGAUCGAUUCAAGCUCAAGCACAAGAAAAAGAACCAGAGACGAAGCUACCGUGAAGAUGAGAGUCAAGGAAAUUCAAAAGGACCAAAAAAGGACAGAGAAGAUGCGCCUCCACUACUCAACUCUUCAAUCCAUGGUUCCACACCUCUUCCCUAAGGUAACGAGAGAGAGGAUUAUGGAUGAAACAAUCUCUUACAUAAGACAGCUUGAGCGAGACUUGAAGAGUUUACAGGAUCGGAAGGCAGAUGCAGAGUUGAUUUAUCCACGAACCCACCAGAAUUCGUCCAUGGAAGUGAAUGUUUCUGGCAAUGUCGCAUUGUUUGGUAUACGUGCAAUGAUGAAGCGGCCUGGUUUAGCAAUGGAGAGCGUAUUCAGGGUGUUUGAGGAGCACAAGGUGGAGGUAUUGGCAGCCAGUGUCGCCGUCAAGGACCGGAUGUUGUCAUUAACAAUCACUGCACUGAAUGGCGAUGGUGAGGGAGAUGGAGAUGAUAAAAUUAAUACAGAGAAUCAAAGGACACCUUACCCACGUUCUUAACCU